AUGUCUAAUGACCUCGCUAAUUUAAUAAAUGGUCCAACAGAUGAAAGAAUCAUGUCAAAAGUAAGUGAUCAAAAUAAUAGGUCUCAAGGAACAAAAUCCCGAAAUCCUAAAACUCAUAAAUGUCAAAGCUUCAAUCAACAUGGACAUUUACCAAGACAUGUACAGUCUUGUCAAUUAAAAUGUAAUCGUAAAGAAAAUGAGAAACCUGUUCAUCCUCCAAGUCCUGUUACAUCUUGUUCCAGUGGCAGUUUAACGGAUGCUGAUACAGAAAGAUCCCAAUUUCAUAUAAAGAUCCUAGGAUAUACUCUACCAAUUACUACGCCCUGGGCAAAUCCACAAAUUACAUCAGCUACACCACAUAAUAGCAUUAGUGAUAUUGCUUGUGUCAUCGGGCUGGAUGUGGGUCUCGCUACUGCUCCACCCACCUCGGCCUCACGGCCUCGCAGUACCUCCUUCCCCCCUACGGGAGAUCAGGAAUCCCCUAUAUCUGUCACCAUCUGUCAAUAA